AACGUUUUAUCCGAUGUACAAUUUCUACACGGACCAAUUUUACAACGGACCAGCUUGCCUGGCACCAUGGAAGUAAAAAAUGCCAAUGCUGCUAUGCUUAGUAACUAUGAGGUAUUCAAACUCCUGACCGACCUGAAGGAACAGAGGAAGGACAGCGGGAAGAGCAAACACAGCGCAGGGCAGCAGAACCUCAACACCAUCAUGUACGAGACGCUGAAGUACCUGUCGAAGAUGCCGUGCAGCAGGCAGAGUCCAGAGAUCGUCAAAGAGUUCCUCACCACCAUGAUGCCUCACAAACUCACAAAGGCAGAAAAACUUCAGCUCCUGAACCACCGGCCACAGACUGCAGUGGAAAUGCAGCUCAUGGUCGAAGAGAGCGAAGAGCGAUUAUCAGAGGAGCAGAUUGAGGAGCUCAUCCAGACCGUCGCAGACAUCCUUCCCGGUGACCCGGAGCAAGAAAACGCGGCCCCAGCAGAUGCAGAGAUGGAGGAAGUCGGUGAACAGUCAUGACACGGUGACCGGGAAAGAACCGACCCACACGCGGAUAACUGGACAUAAAACUAUAGCAGAACUGCACCGGCUACUUUUACCUGCGUCACAGUUUGAACACACCAACGAUAUGACUUUGAAAUGAAAGGAUUCACUUCCGCUGAUGUCUGCACAAGUAGCUCGUAAAUGGAGGGUGUUGGACAGGAAGUCACGGGUGAAUUUGUUUUUACGUCUGACGUUUAGGGAGACACAUCUCCUAUUAAUAGUUUCGGUUUCUGAGUUAAUGUUAUUAUCGGUUUCUCUAGAAAUGAGGAUGUUUACUGCUUUAUAACUUCCAUAGUUCAUGUAAUUAAACUGGCCUUGGUGCUGAACAGACUGAAGGUCGUGGAUUAUCCUUAGAGUGGCUGUGUAUGGCCACGGUAGGGAGCAAGAGGUGAGCACCGAUUCUUAAUGAAUUUACAGGCUGAAAGGCUGUGUAAGGAGAAACAAAGCAACAUAUGAACUGUGUGUGCAGCUUUCUGUCACUUAUUUUGAAUUAAGUGGUUAGCCGGUAGGGAAGUGAGCGCCACAACAUCUGCUUUCAGAAACAGCCUCAAGGCUGUUCUCUGAAUGUAUAUGUGCUACACAGGAACCAUAAAAUAUAUCGUCAGACUUCACAUGUGUGACCAACUGUGAAGCACAGAUCAUAAAUUAGAUAUGUAAAACUUCACAGUUGGUCAGUGAAUGCAUCUUUAAAGUAGGAAAGCCUCUCUAGUGACCAACACACACUGUUUACUGUAUUUACUGUAAACGACAAUCAAUUGUAAAUAUUACUUCUUAGAUUUUACACAGGACAUAAACCCAGGCUAUGGAUCAUGUCUCUGUUCCAUUGAGUCAUAACAGAGGAAGGAUAUGCUGGUUAGUGUCAUCUACCUUUCAGUUUAAAGUUUCCUGUUUAUGUAUCACGUCGGUUUCCUGUGCUUACUGAAUGCUUUGCCAAGACGGGAAGCAAAGCGAAUGUGGACACAGUCAUGAUUAGUACUUCGUGAAUACGUCUGUGAUGUGUUUUUGAAUACUUGGAGUCCAAUCUGAUUGCAGAGAUUAUAAAACAUUUUACUGUA